CCUCCUCCCUCCCCCUUCGCCCUGCCCGCGGGGACGCGCAUGCGCGCGGGACGGAACGGGGCCAGCGGGAGGAGGAGGAGGAGGAAAAGAGGAGGAAAAGGGAAAGAGGAGGAGCGCACGGUAUGCGGGGGCGGUGAAGCGCGGGUCGUCCCUCCCGCUCCAGCCACCUCCCUCUGCCUCUCCCGCUCUGCCCCAUCCCGUCCGCGGGGCCGCGAGGGUCGUCCCGGGAGCGGGAAGGCCGAGGAGAAGGAGGAAGAGCCUGUCCGGUGCUGGCCUGGCCUCCAGCGGCUGGCGAGGCCCGUGUCCGAGUGGGACGGACGCACUCGGGUCUGCCCGUGGCUCUUUCACAGAAUCCCAGGAUUUUUAAUGUUAGAAGGAACCUCUGGAGAUCAUCCAGUCCAACCCCAGCCCAGGCAGGGUCAUCUGGAGCAGAUGACACAGGGACGUGUCCAGAUACCCUGUAGCAUGGCAGGUGAAGAAGAUUUCUUUUUGGAAGAAAAAAGAUUCAAGCAGCACUGUGAAGAAUUUGUUAAGCAUUCACAGCAGAUAGGAGAUGGCUGGGAGUGGAGAACUAGCAAGGACCUUGGUGAUGGUUAUCUUAGUAAAACACAUUUCCAGGUAAGAAAUAGACACAUCGCACAAGAUCUCAGGGAGAAAACCAAUGAUAACAUUGAAGAAACGUUACUUGCACAUGUUGAAGAGUCUUUGGAUGAUUCUCAAGUAGCUGGAGUUUGUACAACAGAAGAAGUGAUUCGCUAUGAGUAUCAUGUCUUGUACUCCAGCAGCUACCAAGUACCUGUGCUUUAUUUCAGGGCAUGCUUUUUAGAUGGAAGACCUUUAACUCUGGAGGAAAUAUGGGGAAGUGUUCAUGCGUGUUACCAGGAUCGUCUGCAGGAGGGGCCCUGGGACACCAUCACACAGCAGAGAUUCAGAAGUGGAAUUGCAGAUAUUGCAUGCCUUUCUCCUGAACAGCUUACUUACAACUUGAUGGGUGGUUUUAGUGUUAGGUAUUUAUUUUACUUAGUUAUAUUAGUUAUUUAAAUAUAAUAUAAAAAUAUAAUAUAAAAUAUAAUACCAAUCUUAUUUAUACUAUAUAAGGGUAUACAUAUAUAUAUUGCAUAUAUAUAACAUAUAUUUACAUAUAUGUAUUACAUUACAUUUAUACAUAUAUAUUACAUGUAUUUGUAUAAGUUAUGCACAAAUACAUAGUGGCAUUGUCUCAACAGCUCAAACAUACUGUAUGUAUGUAAUAUCCUUCUGUAUGUAAUAUCCACAUAAAUAUCGAGGUAUAAUAACCCAGUUAAAAAGGCAGCAGGCAGAAAGGACCAUGACCAAAUGCUAAAUGAUGAGGCAAUUUGAAAGAAAAAAACAUCCACAUGAAUAGGAAAAAGGUUGAAAAACAAAGAACAGAGAAUAGAGAACAGAAAUGAGACAAAUGGGAAAAAUCUUCACAAUUAUAAAGGUGAAACAUAUUUUAUCACAUGUGCUUGGUGUAACAACCAUGAAUUUAAAAAACAAGGUUAAGUAAUGUUUAGUUAAUCUAUAAAGGCUACAUUUGACCUUUUUGUCAUUUUGGAAAUCUCUGAGGAUGAGUGGUAGAUGUGAAACAGCAGAAAGUGACUCUGUGGUUGUAGCUAGAGUUUCUGUCUUCAGACUGUGUGGUGUUGUUUGGGUCUUUGCUGUGGAAGUUGGAAAUACAUUAAUUUUUCAUCCUUUCUUUGCCCUGAUGAAUAUUUAUAGAAGUGCAUACAAAGUAGAAGGACCUCAACAGGGGGAGGGACAACACUCAGAGAAAAAUGCAUUUCUAAGACUAUGAUGAAGCUGAGUUUAUUUAUUUUAUUAAUUUUAAUUCUUGUUACUCGUGCUAAUCUGUGUCUUCAUUGAUUUUUUUUCUGAGUGGAAGCAAACUGGCAGGAGAAUUUUAAAAGCUGAUAAAUGAACCUGAUCGCAGUCAGUACUAAGUAUCACCAACAGUUUUGUUUUUAACAGAGUCAUGUUGUCAUAAAGUCUGACCUUUCCCUGAGAAAACAAAGUCAUAAACACAAUCAGGUGUGUGUGCUAAGGCUUAAUCAAUGCUUGGUGAUGAUGGAAUGUAAAAUCAAACAUCCAAGGGUAGAAAUCGAACUUUGUUAUUACAGGAGGCUCAAAGGUUGAAAAACUAACCAAUAAAACAGAACAAAAGUUCGGUGGCUUGAAGAUCCUACAGAAAGAGUCUAUAAAACUGUCUAAAUAGUCUAAAAUCCUGUGAGUCAGGAUUCCAGAGGAAAUGGAAGUUCCAGAGCACAUGUCCAUCCAUCCCUCCCCUCCUCUUUAACCAGCACUGCUCAGACAUGGUUACUUCUGUUAUCAACAGCCAUGGGAGGGAGCACAUUUCAUGUGUCAUACCUUGGCUCUGGGCUUGCCAACAAUAAACCAGCAUUUUACUGGUUUAGCACAGAAAAAGUAAUUCAGACCAUUCUGACACUGACUGUAUCUUAAGUCUCGGAAUAGCAAGUGAUCGGGAAUUUUGCAUCUGUUUUUUUUCUCAAGCAUUUAUUUCUCAGUUUAAUCUGAAUGAGGUGUUUUUUCAUCUGUCAUUUGAUACUUAGCAGGUAGCUGUAAUGUAAUCUGUUAUAUGUCUGCUCUGUCAUAUAAAAAGUCAUCAACCAACCUAAACUACCCAAGUCACAGCACGGAACUGCACUAUCUCUGUAUUAAUCCAGAGUCUGCUCUUUUUCAGUCAGGAGUUAAGAAUCUGGAAGACAUGUUCUUUAUAGUACUUCAGUAAUCCUGUCCAUUACAUCACUUAAUUUAUAGCAGUGUUAACAGAAAAAUCAAUAAACAUUAUUUCUAAAAUGGCAGGGAUGUUAAUAGUGUGAUUUUAAAAAAGGAGAAAGAAUCAAAACUCUGAACAGAACACACUGACAUAGUGUUGUAGAGGCACAUCUUGCUGGAAAUGUGAUAGGGAGGAUUUAAAUAAUUUUGAAAAAUGUGUGUAGGUCACUAUUCUUAGACAUACAAAUCUUUCUUGCCAUAUUGUGGGAUUUUGCUAAGUGGGGAAGGCUGUAUACAGUAUAUCUUAACAGAAGGUUGCUAAGACCGCUCUUAAAUCAUUUUGAGUCAUAUCAACAGUUGCUAUGGAUCCCCUGCUAAUAUUUUUGGAAAAUUAUUAGUACAACUUCCUGAGAAAAGGGAGUCUUUCAGUGCAGACUGGAAAGCUGUUUGACAGGGAGAAGACCUAGGGGUGGGAAAGCUGGGUGGAUAUUUAUUUCCCACUAAAAUUUUCUAUGAUAUGUUGAACUUCUGGGGUUUAAACCAAACUGUAGUACUGUACAAGCUAGCAAGCAGGUUUUAUUUUAAAACUAGGCAUUAACUAAUAAUGUUUAGCUGCCCUACAGUGUAAUCUUGCUUUUCCCAGUAAGACUUCAUGGACAUAAAACCUAGUCCAAUAACUUCAAGGCCUGGUACUAUUGUUACUUGAGUUGAUCAGUUUUUCUGAAAUGAAGGUUCAGUAAUAUUUUCCACACAGGUACAUAAUCAAUUAAAUGAAUGACAGUGUAGUAGUAUUGGUUCUCUUGAUUAUUUCCCAUUCUGUAGAAAAUGCCUAGCAUUUACAGGUAACUUAUGUAGCAGUGGUUCUGCAUCCACAGAUGUUUCCAAACAGAGAUUUUGUGGUAUAAGUUGUAACAGCAACUUACUGUAUGCCUGGUCCAGCAUCUCUCCUUGUGCGCUAAGGUGGAUUGCCCUUGUGUCUUCCCACUGCCAUGACCUCUGAUAGUUCACUGCUGGAAAAUGAAGCUGGUUACUGAACAUUCCCCCUUACUGAAUGUUUUUGUUAAAAAUUCUGAAAUACACAAUAUAGAUUGCACAACAUGAAAGAAGUGGAUAUCAUAUAUGGCACAUUCAGCUCCAUUUGGGAGGCAACUGAAAUGACCAAAAGGCAGUGCAAACUAUUUUUUAAUUUUAUUUACAAAAACAUUUUAAGUGCCACUUAAAUGGAAGUUAGGUACCUGUGCUAACAGAAAGCCAUUUAUAUCUGAGCACCUGGGCUCUCAAGUGGUGAAGCAGAUUGUAUGAGCAGUUCAAAAGCAGUUAGACAAAUUCAUGAGACUACUUGUCCAUAAAUGGAUGCAAAAUGACCUGUCAGGAGUGUCCUCCACCAUUCUCGGUGCAGAUAUGCUGGAGCAGUAUGAGGGGAGUGAAACACAGAGUUGUGUUCUCUCAGAACAGCCUUUCCAACUGCUGCUGUUGGAGAUGGGAUGUGCUGCUGGAGGGACCAUUGGGAUUCCUGGGAUUCUAAAAUGAACCCUUUCAGGGCAGAUUUGUCAAAUGCCACUAUGGAUUUUUUGUUUUCCUUAAAUUAUCAUUUUUUAAUCAGGGUAGGAAAUCUGUCUCCAGUGUCUUUUCCGUACUUCCACAGCUUGUUGGAUCAUUCCAUUUUGCACCUUGGAUGAAUCUCAUAACUUAAGAACAGAUUUUAAAUAGUAAUUAAUUAAGACUAUAUGCUACAUAACUAAAAUGGUGACAACUGAAUUUAUCUUAUUUUGGCAAGCACGGAGGAAGAAUCAUCUGCUUAUUUUCAUAGGAAAAUGGCUGAGAUGCCAGUUCUUGACAAUGUAACUACGGACCUGCCAAUUUUUAACUGUACAGUUUUCUUGAAGAAUCCUAAAUGCACAAGUUAUGUGCUUGUGAGAAGCUUUAAAGCUUUAAAAAAGCCUGUUAAGCUUUAAAAGCAUAGUUUUGCCUGAGUAUCGCAUCUUCUUGUUCUUAAUGAUUCAAACCUUAUUAUGUAUGUAUAAAAUAUAUAAUUAUAGAUCAGCUGCGGUGGCUAUUCUUGAUUACUGUUUUGCUUGUCCUGCAUUACCUCUCCUGCCUUUCCUUUGUUAGCUAUUCAAUACCUUUAAAAAUAAUAAAGCUAUAAAAUGUAAAGAAUGUAUUACCACCUCUUCAAAACUGUAAAUAUUCUAGAAUCAGGCAAAUUUGGGGGACAGAAUUUGAAUUAUAGAGUCACAGAAUGGUUUGUGUUGGAAGGGACCUUUGUUGCAAUCCAUGAUAGAUUUGAAGAAGCAGGUACAAAUUGGUAGGUGUGGUUCAUCUCAAAAGAAAUUCUGGCUGUGUUAAGUGUCCUUAUGGUUCUGUGUUGUAGGACCUGCAAAAGCACCUUUAUUUUCCUCAGAAAAAUGUAGCCAUUUAAUUGCCUUUUCAGCAUGGGCUUUGUAUUUGAUGAAAGAAGGGUAGGAUCCAGCUUAAUUGACCAUGUGGGGUUGGUGGUAGUAAAGGUAUGAAUAGAAAUUUGUCACUAAAGUUGGUUGGUCUAUCUGUGGGAACUCAUGUGGAACAGAGACAUUAAAUCAUCAGGGCAAUUGCAACUGCUUGUCUGCAAAGGGUGUAAAUCCAAUCACUCUGCAGCCUCUUCUGCCAAAGAGAGGUUUAGUAAUGACAGCAAUUUGCUUUUUUUUGAUCUGGUUUGCACUUUUUUGUCUGAUCAGGAUCCCUUCAAGUUUUGCCUUGCUCGGAGCUGUUGCAGAUUUAUUUUGAUUGUCUAAGAAAAUACAGAACAGUGGUAGUUGCACUUUCACAGUCAUUCUUCAGCAGCUGUCGCAGGCAGAAGGAGGUUAUUCCAUCUUCAGCUACUGGAUUUUAUGGGUUCUCUGGAUUUUAUGGCAAAGUUAGAGAAACAUUCCUCAGUAAUUCCAGUAGGAUGGCUUGGCUUCUGCUUGUAAAUUGAAAUCAAGGUGACUGUAAGUAAGUUACCUGUCCCAGAUCAGAGAAUCUCAGAGUGGUUUGGGUUGGAAGGGACUUCAAAGUCAAUCUGGUUCUACCCCCUGGCAUAGGUAGGGACACCUUCCACUAUCCCCGGUUGCUCCAAGCCCCAUCCAGCCUAGCCUUGGACACUUUCAGGGAUGAGGCAGGCACAGCUUCUCUGGAAAAUCCAGAAAAGUCCCUCACUACCUUCCCAGGGAAGGAUUUCUCCCCAGUAACCCUGUCAGUAGGAUGGAGAAGCCCUAUACAAUUAGUAUGCUAUCAACAGCUUUAUUACUAUUAUUUACACCUUCCAGGAGGAUUAUAAUUACAGUUCCUUAAUGUUGCAUCUGCAACGUACUGAUUCCAUGCUAACAGUUUCCAUUGAAGUAAUUCUGUUAUAGAGGAAAAUCCCUCAAGUUCAACAUAUUUUAAGUUCCCAGCAUGCAGUUACGCUUCUGGUUGUGAGACACAGGGUCAGUCUGAAGAGAAAAAUCUUGCUACCUUAUUUCUGAUUGUGUAGAGUUGGAUUUUAUUGACAAGUAAGUUAUUAUUGAUGUAUUUAAAAAUAAGGAAAGAAAAAGAAGAUGACAGACCGUGAAUUCAAGAACAUAAAUUAGUUAGGGUAUAAUCUUGAGAGAAGAAUUUUUACUCAAGACAUUUGCUUCAGUAAAUGUGGUCAAAAAUUGGGAAAAAGGGAAAAGCUUGCAUCCUCUGUAUUCAUUACAUCACUGUUUCCUUUUGCUACAUGGAAGAGAUUACAGGGACAGAUUUUAUUAAUUAUGCCUUCUUUUUCUGAUCUGAUGACUAGGACUGUGAGAACUGCUGGGAAAAUAUCUGACAUCAAUUGACACAGGCUGUGGUGUUUGCUAGUAGUAUCCUGCAUGAAAUUUUUGACUCCCCUCCACAGAUUUAUUUUUGCAAAGCAGCAUCAUGCAAACCAGAUCAGGACAGAGGCAGUUUCGGGCGCAAAUCCCUUGCACUAUCAUCAACGGAGAGACCAUAAAUGUUGUGAUGGAUGCUCGAAGGCAGUUUAAUGUAGCACUGGAGAAAAUGGCACAGAAGCCAUUACCUCUGGAAGAGCUGCAGUUAUGACAGAGAAAAUAAAUGGUGCUGUUACAGGAGAUGUACUGACAACAAAACUCCUGCUGGCUGGGGGAGGAGAGCAGGAUACUACACACAAUGACCUGUUACCUGAAGUGAUGUUUAUUUUUGGUUUAAAUCUGAUGUGGAGACUGCUUGAUAAAAUGAUGUAAUCCAGUCUGACAGAAGUUUUAGUCUUAAUUAGACUUGUACUUGGGAGCUGCCCAGUCUUUGCUACUGUUGAGAUUCACGUCUUGACAUUUCCCUACUCACCACCUGUGCAUGGAGGGUUGUACCUGCACAGCUGGGGAACAGGGAAUGCUGUGCUGUCAGAGGGCAGGGUUAGAUGGGAUAUUGGGAAGAAAUCGUUCCCUAGAUGGGUAGUGAGGGACCGGAAUGGGUUUCCCAGAGAAGCUGUAGCUACCCCAUCCCUGGAAGCAUCCAAGGCCAGGUUGGACAGGGCUUGGAGCAACCUGGGAUAGUGGAAGGUGUCCCUGCCUGUGGAGGAGCGUGGGACUGGAUGGACUUUGAGGUCUCUUCCAACCCAAACUAGCCUGUGAUUCUGUAAUUCAUUUUCAAACUGCCCAAUGAAACAUUUCAUGUCUCUCAUCCAUCUCUCUCUUGCAAGUUGUUUUUUUUUUAUCGGAGGAGUUGAGGUAACAGCUACAGGAACUGGUACAGAAUCUCUUUACACAUCUAGAAGUCACCUAGUAAAGAAGUCUUUCUACAGAAAAUAAAUGAAACAACAUUUUGGGCUUUCAAACUCAACAGAAUUAGUUCCUGCCUUUAAAAAUAUUCAUUUCCUAUCAAAGCUGGGUCAGACUCAGAGGGAUAUGCAGAUAUGUGAUGGACUCCAGCAUGCAGUGCUGAGCAAGCAGAGUUAUGAAUCAUCCUCACAGGUAGAUAGAUCCAAAAUCAUAGACAGAUCCAGGAGAAUAAUGCUGCUGAUUUCAGAUAAACUGUCUGUCAGUGUAUUACUGCCCAGAAGAGUUGUGGGCAACCUGCAAAUGAGUUCUUGCAGUACAGUGCAGAGAAUACUUGUGGGAAUGGAGUUGUAGCACCCUACACUGCUACAUCACCGAUUGGAAAAAGAUUAAUUGUAAACUAAAAAUGGGAGGAUUCUCUUCUACUGUUUGUACUGGGUUUUUUUUUUGCAUAAAGUCCCAGUAGGACUUUAUAGUUUUCAUGUGUCUGGCCCACAGAUCAGCGUAGAUGAAGGGUAUUAUUGCUGCCCUAGUAUUUUGCCCAGGAUACAUUUCACUGCACGUGGAGUGUCAUAGUUCCACCAGGUGACUGCAGUAGGUAUUAAAUAUGCUCAUGAAGCUGAUGCAGCACAAACUUUUGUUCAUUUUCACAUUUUUUAUGGUGUUUGGGAAGGACUUGGGGUUCAUCCCUCUGCAGACACCCAACCCUCUCUCAGGGCAGUAAUUAAUGGCACUUUGAGUGGCAGUUGCCUGUCCAGGUGUUGUAUAAUAACGAGCCCUGGCUGGUCAAGCCCGGACCAAACCUGAGCAGGCUCUGCAGCCUGUUACCAAUUCUGAAAUCAUCCAGGGCUUUGAUAACUCCUGCAUUUUUAUUGGCACCUGCCCAGUGUUUCCUCCUCAGUGCUGCUGUGUCAGUGAUUUAACCUUGAGCGUACAUUAAAGCCUCGCGGGGUUGCCAUUAUGUACAGGAUUUGGAAUUCAGGAUUUGACUGAGUCAGAGCUGAUGCUCUCAGAGUGUUUCCCUGGUGCUCAACAAGCUCUUCUUCCCUGCCUCAGCCUUUUCCCUUUUUAGAGGCUCCUCCUUAAUGGGUAUUGGCUCAGUAUUUCUUUUAAACUCCUGUGCUUUUGUGGUUUUCCUGUCAGUGUGUGACAUUUUCCUGUCUUUGGAAUAACAUAGAACUCUCGAGUUUGGGAGUUUUUUCAGUGUCACUGUUGUCAAGUUGUGAGAGGAGGAAGAACUGAAAGAAGAAAGAUGUAGAAUGUAAAUUUAAUAAGCUGUUUUGAAAAGUCAAGUCAACCUCCAUGUGUCACUUGCUAGUGAUUUGCUGAAGCAAGAAGUGCAAGAUGGAAUCAAAUAUGAGGGGGCAGGUUGGGAUAACUUCAGGAUUAAUAUUCAGCUUUGGGAAUUAUCUUUAUGCCUUGUUCAGAGUGCUAAAUCACUUAAAGCUCAGGUUACAUUCUUUGUUCUUUUUGGGCGUGUGUGCUGCCUUUUUACACUCUGUGUAAGGGAAUUUGCUGACAUUUUUGCACAAUUUACUUUUUUUUUCCUUUGCUUAACAGUUUUGUAAAUAUUGUCAACUAUAUAUUUUUUUAUUAUCUUUAAGAAAUACCAUUGGCACAAUCUGUAUAUUCUCUGGAAUCAUUUGGAGACCUAAGCUGGUUUGAGCUAGGAGAUAAUGAAAAGGAUUUUUUAAUUCAAACUAGCAGUUUUUCUCAAUGGAAAACUGCAUCAACAAUUCACUUUUACCAACAGUAGAUGGUAGUAUUCUUGUGCAGAUUAUUUGUUUGUGGUGUAAAACAAAGCUUUUUGAAUAUUAUUUUUUUGUAUAUCCUGAAGCUUCUUGAAGUUUUUUUCUCUUAGACAUAAAAUGAUUGAUCCUCACGAGUAUAUUUUCAGCAUAAGAACCAAAUGUCCUUCAGCUCUAAUAGUUUAAUUGUUAAUAGUAUCAAUAGUUCAGUAGUUAAUAGUAUUAAAGAUGCCCUACCUGCUGAAGAUGACAGGUUAGGAUUUGGGUUUUGUUUCUAAGCGAGGGGUUGGAGAAAGAUUUUCUCCUGUGUGGCACGAAGACUUUGCAUGUUCUCUUCUGUGCCAGAAAUUUACUAUGUGCUAAGGUAAAAUGCCACCACAGAACUCAGGGAGUCUGGCUGCAGCUGGACAAGGGAAAUCUGUGCCAGAGCAUAAAUGCAAUAUAGAUAAAAA